CACUAAUCACAACCAGCAACAUGGCUCUACCAUCAACUUUCUUGCCUGCUUUUGUCUUUCUCACAUUCUGUCUUUGUUUGUACCCUCAUCUUGCAUCAGCAAAACAUGGUUCAACCGGUGUCACUCGGCACUAUAAGUUUAACAUACGGAUGCAUAAUGUGACGAGGUUGUGUCAAAGCAAAAGCAUAAUAACUGUCAAUGGUAAAUUCCCGGGACCAAGGAUUAUUGCUCGGGAAGGCGACCGAUUGGUGAUUAAAGUGGUGAAUCAUGUUUCCAACAAUAUCACUAUCCAUUGGCAUGGAAUUCGGCAACUUCGGAGCGGAUGGGCUGAUGGGCCAGCAUACAUAACACAGUGUCCGAUUCAAACUGGCCAAUCGUAUGUCUACAACUUCACCAUUAUCGGGCAAACAGGAACACUUUGGUAUCACGCCCAUGUUUCAUGGAUUAGAUCAACCCUUUAUGGCCCAAUUGUCAUUCUCCCUAGACGCAACACUUCCUACCCUUUUGUGAAGCCUUACAAGGAAGUCCCUAUUAUAUUUGGAGAAUGGUGGAACAAUGAUACUGAGGCUGUGAUCAAUCAAGCCCUUCAAACAGGAGCUGGCCCGAAUAAUUCUGAUGCUUAUACCAUUAACGGGCUACCUGGACCAUUAUAUAACAAUUGUUCUUCACCAAAGGAAACGUUUCGGCUUAAGGUGAAGCCUGGAAAGACAUAUCUCCUUCGUAUCAUCAAUGUUGCCCUCAAUGAUGAACUCUUUUUCAAGAUUGCAAACCAUACUUUUACAGUUGUUGAUGCUGAUGCGAGUUAUGUGAAGCCAUUUGAAACGGAUACAAUCUUCAUCACGCCGGGUCAAACGAGCAAUGUUCUCUUCAAGACGAAAAACCUUACCUCAAAUGCCAAAUUCAUGAUGGCUGCAAGACCAUAUUCCACAGCAGCUGCCAGAACUUUUGACAAUACAACCGUUACCGGAGUUCUUGAGUACAUGAGUGAUACCAUGUCGUCAUCUUCCAAUACUUCCAUCAAAGGCCUUCCCCUACCUACACUACCGGCUAUCAAUGCCACUGCCCAUGUGGCUAACUGGACUAAUAAAUUUCGUAGUUUGGGUAAUUCACAGUUCCCGGUGAACGUCCCACAGACUGUUCAAAAUCGCUACUUUUUUGCCGUUGGACUCGGAAGCGACCGGUGCCCGAAGAAUCAAACAUGUCAAGGGCCGAAUGGGACCAAAUUUGCAGCCUCCAUUAACAACAUUUCCUUCACCUCACCAACAAUCGCACUUCUUCAAGCCAGGUACUUCGGAAAAUCCAACGGAGUUUUCACCACCGAUUUCCCUUCUACCCCUUUGAGUCCAUUCAAUUACUCGGGUACCCCACCAAACAACACCAUGGUUUCCCAUGGCACAAAAGCGGUGGUGCUUCCAUACAAUACCACAGUGGAGCUGGUGAUGCAAGGCACCAACAUUUUCGGUGCAGAAAACCAUCCUCUUCAUCUUCACGGCUUUAACUUCUAUGUGGUUGGUCAAGGCACCGGAAAUUACAAUUCUACAACAGAUCCGGCCAACUUUAACCUUGUUGAUCCUGUUGAAAGAAACACCGUUGGCGUGCCCUCCGCCGGAUGGGUGGCUGUGCGAUUCCGAGCUGAUAAUCCAGGAGUGUGGUUUAUGCAUUGUCAUAUUGAGAUUCACCUGAGUUGGGGGCUGAGAAUGGCGUGGGCAGUCAUGGAUGGGAAGCUUCCGAACCAGAAGUUGCCUCCACCACCUUCUGACCUUCCAAAGUGUUGACUUUGACUUCAUAUGAUACGCAAAGUGUUGACUUUUGACUCGGUGAGACUAUUAUUUUUCAAGUUUCUACGUUAUGUACCCGUAAGUGAGUGAUCUUUGUUCGAUGAAUGAGAGAUUAAUUCCCAAUUCAAUGUUUUUUUCUUUAAAUGUAAUAUACAAUAUAUUUGAUUAUUGGGUUGAUGUAAAAU